GUAGCCCUCUGUUGUUCUUCUAAGCCCUUCAGAUUUGUGAUUUGUUAGUGAUUUGGGGCUUGUAAUUUUGAGAUGAUCCAAUUAAGGUUGGAGCCCCGUUCUGCUCUAAGAAAUCCAUUGAACCAAUAGAAAUUCAAUUGUCGUCCUUUGGAGUGCCAAGGAUGAAGUCCCAUAUGCAUUCAAGGGGGAAAGUGGGCAGCCGGGUCAACCCACAGCAGGUGAUUUUCGAGCUUAAACAUCGGGUGGUUCUUGCUCUGAACAAGCUUGCAGAUCGAGACACAUACCAGAUUGGGGCUGAGGAACUGGAGAGAAUUGCUGAAGGAUUAAAUCCAGAACAGGCCGUACCAUUUCUUUCAUGUGUUAUCGAGACUGACUCAGAGCAGAAGAGUGCUGUUCGGAAGGAAUGCGUGAGGAUAAUGGGUACAUUAGCCAGGUUCCAUGGUGCGCUUCUGGGCCCUCACCUUGGGAAGAUGAUAGGCAGCAUUGUCAAACGCCUCAAGGAUCCGGAUUCUGCUGUGAAGGAUACCUGUGUGGAGACGGUGGGUGUUCUGGCUUCGAAGAUAAGCAACUGCAGUGGUGAAGGCGAUGGGCCUUUUGUUGCAUUAGUGAAGCCUCUGUUUGAAGCUCUGGGUGAACAGAACAGGCAGGUGCAGUCUGGCUGUGCAUUGUGUUUGGCUAAGGUCAUUGACACUGCCAAUGAUCCUCCAGUUGCACUUUUGCUGCGGAUGUUGACUCGCAUCAUCAAGUUGCUUAAAAAUCAACACUUCAUGGCCAAGCCAGCACUCAUCGAGUUGAUUAGAAGCAUUAUUCAGGCAGGGGGUGCUUCAACUGGACAUGCGUUAUCUGCAGCAAUAACUAGCAUCCAGGAAACUCUUAAAAGCAAUGACUGGACAACACGAAAAGCUGCAUCUGUGGCAUUGGCAGGUCUUGCUGCAAGUUGCGGAUCUCUGCUGGUGUCUUUCAGGGCUUCCUGCAUUCUUUCACUUGAAUCCUGCCGAUUUGAUAAGGUUAAACCGGUUAGGGAUUCAGUUAUGCAAGCUAUACAGUAUUGGAAAAGUCUCCCAGGAUCCGAUUAUCCUGAACCUUCAGAAGCUGGAUCCUCAACAAAAGAAAAUUUCUGUGGAGGUGACUAUGCUGAUCUUACUAGUGCUAGUGAUGGUGGGUGGAAAGAUAACCCUCUAGGAAAAGUUUCUUCACGCUCUGCUGUAAGUGGCAUUUCUACCAGCUCAACGAAGAAAAGGACUCCUUUAGCUGUCAGGAAAACAUGUCUGAAUUAUGUGCAGAGUCCUCAUCAUUCUAAAACAAAUGAUUGGCAUAUUGAGAUAGCACUUCCAAAGACUCUUACUGUUUCUUUAGCUGAUGCCCAUAAUGAAGAAUCUGAGGGCAGUUGUGUUACUAAGACUUUUGAAAGAGCAAGUACAGAUGCAAAGAGGGUUCAAAAUACUGGGUAUGAUUAUGUGCCAAUGGAUGAUAAACCAGAGUGUUCUUCCAUGUCAGAUAUUGUAAGUGGUAGUUUUGAGACUAAGGAAGUGACAGUUGCCCAUAGCUGUCAUGAGGAGGGCAAUUCAUUGAAGGCAAUGGGGAUGAAUCAAAGGUCUCCAGCUGAAGAAAUUGAUACCGAAGAUCAUAUUAGUCUGCGAAGGAUGCAGGAGCGUAAGAGUCUUGAUUCAACAGUUACUGAAUUGAGCUCACGAGGUGUACAUGGCUGUUGUCUACACUACACAAAUGAAUUGGCUUUCAUCCGACAGAAACUCUUGGAGAUUGAGACCAAGCAAUCGAACUUACUGGAUCUCAUACAGGCUUUUAUGGGGAGCACCAUGGAUGGCUUGACUAUGUUGCAGUCAAAGGUGCUUGGUCUAGAGCACACAGUUGAUACAAUAGCACAAGAUCUUACUGGCAGCAGGAACCAUUCUAACAUGGCCAGCUCCAAGCAUUUCAAGAACAGCCAGAGUAUCUCUUCAUCUCCUAGACUCUCUAAUUGCACUCCUCGGCCAUCUGUGGAUACAAGUUAUAGAAUGUCAUCAUUGUCUUUGAAAAGUAGAGAGCUAUGGGAGGAAACUACAUUCACAAAGAGCAGAUCAAGCACUUCAGUCAAACAAGGAGUGGAGCUGUGGAGGGACCCCACAGUAAAUAUGGUCAGAAAUCCAUUAUCCAAUGGGAAUGAAAAGAACAUAGAUCAUGGAAAUCAAAGCAAGAGGAACUGUCAAUCUAUUAGAACCGCAGACCGCACUGCUUUGGCUCGUACUGCUAACAACAAGCAAAAUAUUUUAGAAAGUAAGAAUAGCUUGUGGAAACGUGUUAAAGAUUUUCUUGGCACUGGGGACCUCGAGGCUGCAUUUGUUGAGGCUCUCAGCUCUGGUGAUGUUCUAGUUCUAAUAGAGCUUAUGGAUAGAACGGGCCCAGUAUUGGAAAGGUUAUCACAUGAGACAGCUGGUCAAAUUCUCCGGACUCUGGCAUCAAACCUGCUAGAUCAAAGGUUUCUGGACUCCAUUAUCCCUUGGUUGCAUCAGGUGGUGGAUUUAAGCACUACAAGGAAGCCCGAUUACCUCGUUAUGUCCCCAAAAGCCAGGAGGGAGUUCUUGUCAGCAAUACAGGAAGCAGCUGCCAUGGAUUUCUGUGAUCCUGCAGACAGGAGAUCCAUUACAGAACUUGCACUGAAGUUGCGUCUAGUUUGGGGAAAAAGCACCUGAGCUCAGGAAAUAGAGGAACAAUAACAUGAGACCUAAUGCUAGGUGGAGAAAGAUGCCCAACCCAAGUAGGAAUUCAGCUUCACGAUGGCCUCAUCUGUUAGCAUAAUUUUGCUUUUCAAGUUGCAUAUGAAUUGAUAUUCAUGCAACAAGACCCAAUCUUCAAUGCAUAUGAUGGAUGCAUUUACCAAUGAAUUAUUGUUGAAUGGCGUUUUGAUGGUCCACAGCUAAAUGGGUGAAGAUAUCGACAGAUCUUGUUACAGUGUUAA